AUGCGUCUCCGGAGUGCGCCGGGGCCUGCUGCGCUUCGCUGCGAGGCCCUGCACCAACUGCCCCCCGCCGCCUGCAAGGAACUCGCGGCCGCGUUCAACAGGAGCAUCGGCGACGGUGGCACUCCGGCUUCCCGGGAAGCGGGUAUUGCAAUUGUCCCACUCCUCAAGCCUGGGAAGCCGGGCAAAUGUUUCCCGCCUCGCUUCGGCCCGUCGCCCUCACCAGCUGCCCGCGCAAGCUCGUGGAAAGAAUUGUGGCACGACGCAUCCGCGGCACAGUUGAAGCCCAACUUCUUCCCCAGCAAGUUGGUUUUCGCCCUGGUCGCUCCACACUGGAUCCGCCGACUCGCCUGCUUGCUGGGAUCGUUUCACCGUGGCAAGCGGGGGAAGGUCGGUGCGGUGCUGGUGGGUCACGCUGGGGCCUUCGGCAUGGUUGAUGACGGCCGCAUCCUUCACGCACUCCGCGCGCACAAGGUGGCGCCGUGCCUGAGCCGGUGGGAGGCGGACUUACUUUCCCUGCCGCGCGGACAAAAGCCGCGUGUACAAAAUGCGCUCUCCGCACCGGUUCAUUUCACCCGUGGCGUCCCGCAGGGUUCUGCGCUCGGCACGCUGCCGUUCAUCGUUGCCGCGAACAGCUUCAGCGAGGAACCGGUGUGCAUCCCCAACCUGAACUUGCUUUCUUCGCCGAUGACCUGA